AUGUUGUACACUAAUGGCACUGUUGUGACCGUGGAUGCCUCACGCCGUAUAAUUACGGACGGAGCAAUCCGCGUACUAGGCGACGUGAUUGUGGAUAUUGGCAAGACAGAUAUCCUUAAGGGAAAGUACGUAGCUGACGAAGAUUGUGAUCUAUCUGGUCGGAUUAUCAUCCCAGGGUUGAUCUCGACUCACAUGCACACAGCACAGACGUUGCUACGAGGCACAGCUGACGAUCUCGAGCUGGUGUCCUGGUUAUGUGAGAGGAUCUGGGUGUUGCAAGGUAACUUUACUGCGGCGGACGGAUACGCUGCAGCACGACUAAGUAUCGGAGAGAUGCUUAAAUCGGGGACUACCUGCUUUUUGGAGAGCAUGUUUGCAGAUCGAUAUGGCUUCGACGGGCUAUGUCGCGCUGUUCAAGAGAGUGGCAUCCGUGGCUGUCUAGGUAAAAUUGUCAUGGACAUUGCAAAAUAUGCCAAAGACGAUGCCUGGGCCAUGCAUCCUGGCCUUGUUGAGAACCGUGAAACAUCCUUGCUUGGUACUGUGAAGAUGUGGGAGAAGUGGAAUGGUGCGGCCGACGAUAGAAUUAGAGUCUGGUUUGGUGCCAGGACUCCCGGAGGAGUAUCGGACGCACUUUAUAAGGAAAUGACCACCAUUUCCAAAGAAAAGGGUAUACCCAUUACCAUGCAUUGCGCUGAAGUCAAAGCCGAUCGUGACUUUUUUGCUUCGGUGUCACACACCCCGAUGUCAUAUUGCAAAUCAGUCGGCUUGCUUAGUGACUCCACAGUCCUCGUUCAUAUGGUCCAUCUGGAUGACUCGGAUAUUGAGAUUCUUUCUUCUUCGGGGACGCAUGUUGCACACUGCCCAACCUCUAAUGCAAAGCUUGCUUCCGGAAUCUGCAGAGUGCCAGACCUUGAAAAGGCCGGAGUCAAUAUCGGCCUGGGUACAGAUGGCGCCCCAUGCAACAAUACAUGUGAUCUCUUGCAGGAGAUGAAACUCGCAGCUAUUAUUCACAAGGGGAUCUCGCAAGAUCCAACUGCAGUUCCAGCCGAAAACGUGCUGGAGAUGGCUACAAUCAAUGGCGCUAAAGCACUAGGCUUAGAUGAUCAGAUCGGUAGCCUAGAAAUUGGUAAGAAGGCUGACUUUGUGGCUAUCGAUGUUCGGGGAAUCCACACCCAGCCUUGGUUUAAUCCAGUCAGUGCAGUUGUUUAUACCGCGAGUGGACGGGAUGUUGAUGUUGUUGUGGUAAACGGGAAGGUUGUUGUUAAGGAUGGAGUGCUGCUGACGAUGGAUGAGGAGGAAAUUGUACAAGAAGCACAGAGAAGAAGCAAGGAGGUAGUGGAAAGAGCCGGGUUGGGCAAGAAGGUGCAGGGCCGCUGGCCAGUUGAGUGA